AUGGCUUCGAAGAGAGAAGACCAGCUGACCAAAGUGUCCGUUGAUGCUGCUAUCGCGCACGUUCAAGCCUUUUAUGGAGCUCUCAACUCAAACCGCGAAUUUAUUGCUACCUUUUACGCGCCAACUACCUCUUCGAUCGUAUUCAACGGCAACCCUGUGGCAGAUGGCCCUGCUGUCCAGGACAUCUUCGUGAACCAAAUGCCCAAGUCGCACUAUGAAGCCCAAUCUUUCGACAGCCAGAUCAUCAACCAAGCCUACCCGACUGUUACACCCACUGGUGUCAAGCCAGCUACUGAGAUGACCGCCAAAGACAUGUCACUUCUUCUCAUUGUCAGUGGGUAUGUGCGGUAUGGCGAGGGCCGCGAGCAGCCUCAGCGUGGCUUCAGUGAGACUUUCGUCCUUGUGCCGAACCCGUCUAAACCCACGGACCGAAACAAGCGUCACCACGAAUGGUUGAUCCAGAGUGAAAACUUCCGACUUGUUGUCUGA